AUGGCGGCGCCCCUGGCGGCGAAAGCCCGGGAGGAGCUGCGGCAGGCGGGCGCCAGGCCCAACGCGCCGCAGUACCACGACACGCCGCUGCUCACCGUGGGGAAGGAGGUGCUGGUGCACGCGCGGUCUGGCUCCUGCCGCCCCGCCCUCAUCGAGUGCAUCAACGAGUCGGACGGGACGGUGGACAUCUCGUACCAGGACGGCGAGGAGGAGGAGGACGCGGUGCCCGUGGGCGCCCUGAGGCCUCUGCACGCCGCCCCCGCGGCGGCCAGCGCCGGCAACGCAGGUGGUCGGCAGCCGCCGAAGCAGGCCAGCGCCGAGGAGAGGCGGCGGCUGGGCAUCAGGCCCAACGCCCCUGCCUAUGGCGACACGCCGCUGCUCUCUGUCGGCAAGCAGGUGCGGGUAUCGAGGGGCGAGCUCUUCCGCCGAGCCACCAUCGAGUGCGUCAACGAGGCCGAGGGCACGAUCGACGUGGCUUACCUGCCGCAGGAGGAGGUGUGGCCCGGGGCGGCCCCGCGCAGGGCCGAGGAGGAGGAGGAGGACACGGUGCCAGCCGAGUCGGCGAGGCCUCUGGAGGACUUUGAGGUGCGGAGGGAGGCCGACUGGCAAGACGCGCUGCGGCGCGACUUUUACGGCACGCUGUCCUCGCUAAAGGAGGGGGCGAAUUCGCUCUUCAAGUUGCGCGACUACGACGCAGCUGUGGCCUAUUACAGCGCCGCGAUCAGCGAGCUUCAGGACGUCGAGGCCGCCGGCCUCGGCAGGGCGCUCCUCAUCCAGGGGGGGAGCUUCGUCCUGGGCACCGUGAGGAGCUUCGACGCCCGCGGGCGCCAAGCCGUUGUCGUGACCGACGCCCCCGGCGCAGGCGGGCAGCCCACGGCACAGUCGUUCACGCUGGCCGCGCGCACGCUGAUCGCUGUGCACGACGGGCACCUGCAGUUGCAGGGCAGCCUGUACAUGAACCGCGCGCGCAGCCUGGCGCAGCAGGGCCGCAACCGGGAGGCGGCGCAGGACCUGUCGGUGGUGAUCGGCCUGUGGGCCGCUUGCGACGACGAGUCGGAGCGGCGGGAGCAGCUGCUCAAGGCGCACUGCUUGCGGGCCAAGACGCGGCUGGCCCGCAUGAGGGUCGGGCCCGCGCGGGAGGACGUGGCGGCCGCUUGGGCACUGGGCCCGCCCGAGGCCACCGCCGGCCUGCUGCGGCAGCUGGAGCGCGACGUGGCGGCGGCGGAGAAGGAGAAGCUCCGCAGCAACAGGCGCAUAGCCAAGGAGAUUGCCAAAUUCACCGACGCCGCGAUGUCGCAGAUGAGCGGUGAGCAGGCGCGGGCGCUCGGACAGGCCGCCUGA